UUUGCUUCGUUCCGUAGCGUCGGAGUAACCAGGAAGUGUAUCUGUAACUAAGGGAAAUUGGAGGGUUACAUCUAUGGGUUAAGUAAAGGCGAGUUUUCUCUGUGGAAAUGCAAAACAUCCACUGAAUACCACAAAUAUCGAGAGAAGAUAGCUUUCUUCACUAUCGAAAGGGUUUAUGGCUCUGCCGACCCUCUCGGCCCAUGUACCCAGCCGGUCCCGGGUGCUGGCUGGACAGCUGGCCCGGCAGCGGGAACAGGAGGCCCGGUGGCGGCAGCAGUGGGAGCUGCAUGCUCGGUACUUCAGAGAGCAAAACGUCUACAGCCAGAGACAGGCGGCGUGGAGCUCCCGUCACUCCUACCAGCAGAGUAUGUCAGCGUACCAUAAACAGAGACUGAAGGAGGAAAAGAAGGCCAGCCUGGAGCAGCGCAGGAAUCGGCUCCGAGCCAUGCUUCAAGAGGAGCAAGACCGGCUGGAGGCGGAGCUCAGGGAAGUGGUCCCAGACAGGAGCACGCUGGCAAGUCAACUGGUACAAAAAACUGAAGAGCUUCGUACAGCAAGAGAGGAAAGAAGAAAAAAGCUUGCACAAGAGCUGUUGAGAGAGCACUGGAAGAAAAACAACCCAGAUUUGCGAGAGGUCGAGUCGGCAUUACAUAAAGAUCAUGUUGUCAGCCAGUGGCAGGAGCAGAUAUCUGAGAAGAAACAGCACGAAGUGGCAGAGCAGGAGGAGAAGAGGCGCUUCGAAAAUGAGUAUGAAAGAACUCGAAAAGAGGCUCUGGAGAGGAUGAGGCAGGCGGAGGAGACGAGAAAAGCAGAGGAGCGCCAGAGGGCAGAAGAACUUCGCAAACAGAUGGAAGAACUGAAGCUGAGGGAAGAAGAGGCCACUCGUCUUAAGAAGGAGCAAGAGGCUCUGCUGGUCCAGCAGUGGGAGCUGGAGAAGAUAGAAGGGGACAGGAGGAAGGUGGAGGAAAGGCGGAAGAAGUCUGAGAUGGGGCAUUUCUUGAUCCGUCAAUAUCGAGCUCAGCUGAAGAGGAGAGCCCAGCAAGUGCAGGAGGAACUGGAGGCCGACCAUAAGAUCCUGGCAGCCUUGCUGGAAGGAGAGCAGGAGGACAGAAGGUUGGAGACUGCACGAAGGGAAAGGGCCAUCGCUGACGCUGCCUGGAUGAAACGAGUGAUUGAAGAGCAGCUGCAGUUGGAGCGGGAACGGGAGGCCGAGUUUGACAUCCUACACAGAGAGGAAGCUCAGCAGGUGUGGGAGAAACGAGAAGCGCAGUGGGAGAAGGAGAGAAAAGCCAGAGAGCGGCUCAUGCAUGAGGUGCUUGCAGGGAGACAGCAGCAGCUGGAGCUGAAGAUGCAGAAAAACCGUGAGGCUCAGGAGGAGUCCCUGAAGAGACGAGAAGAGCUGAUCCAGGAGCUGGAGCUGGAGAAAGAGAUGAGACGGCGGGAGAAGGAGCAAGAGGAGGGCCGCAGGACAGCACGGAUACAAGAGUUAAAUGCUCAGGUGGAGCAGCAGCACCAAGAGCACUGGGAGGAGCAACGCAGGAUAGAGCAGGAGGAGGAGGAGGAGAGGGAGGCUCUUCAAAUCCAGGAGGAGGAUCUGAGGCUGGAGAUGCAGAGGAUGACCAAAAAAGGGUACCAGGAGAAGAUUCACAGCAGACCUCGAUCAGCCUGGACAUGAGCAACCUGCAAGACUGAAGUCAAAACAGAAUCGUGAGAUGUAUAUUUUUCUAGAUGUGAUUAGCCUUGAAGGAUAGGUUAACAUUUUUUCAAAUGUGUCUUAAAACAAUACUCACACACCCAUAUGUUCCUCCUGUCCAUACUGGUCCUGAAGAGAUUCCUUCCUAACAUGAUUGCAGUGUAACAUUCACGGGACAACAUUCACAGUCUUGAUUCAGUGUAAAAAUAGAGAGAAUUUCAUAUCAAAAAGCAAUUAAAUUCUGAAGCACGAUAUCAUUGUUGGUUACACUUUAAAACUCAUUUUUACACAGAUUGAGGGCUGUAAAUUUUGUCCCUGAACUCUUUUCAUUAGAAUCACAUUGUUCAGGGAUCUUUUCAUUGCCAGUAUGAAGAAGAUGAGCAAUUUCAUCAACCUUUACCUCUUUCAAUAACUAUGUGGACGUCUGAGUAUAAAAAAAUGUAUGAAUCUAUCCUUUAAUGCCUUUUAAAGAAAUGAAGCAUUCAUGUAGGUUAUGAGGCCAUACAUUUUGCCAUCUUGAUAUUUCAAUGCUCGUUUGUGUAGAGAGGAACUGACAGAUUUUUUUUUUUUUUUUUGCACUUUUAGAGGUGUU